AUGGGAACUGCCAACAGGGUACUGAGAUACAUUGAAGGCACUUUUGAUUAUGGCAUAGCUUAUGAGAAAGGAAAAGAAGCAAGGCUCAUUGGCUACUAUGGCAGUGAUUGGUCAGGGAGUGAGGAUGACAUGAGAAGUACCUCUGGAUAUGCAUUUAAUCUUGGAUCAAGUGUGUUUUCUUGGGCUUUAGUCAAGCAAAGUAGUGUAGCUUUGUGUAUAGCAGAGGCGGAGUACGUUAAUGCAACAGAAGCCAUUGCACAAGCAAUCUGGUUGCGCUUUGUUCUCUCAGAUUUUGGUGAAGAACAAGUGGGUGCUACUACAAUUCUAUGUGAUAAUACCUCUGCUAUUGCCAUAGCCAAGAAUCCGGUGCAUCAUCAUAAGACAAGGCAUAUAAACAGAAAGUUUCACUUCAUUCGAGAUGCUUUGCAAAAUGGAGAGAUUGAUUUGUUGUAUUGCAAAACUGAAGAACAGACAGCAGACAUCUUUACCAAGGCUCUACCAAGAGAUCGGUUUGAAUACCUGAGAAGAAAGCUUGGAGUAAUCUCAGCUAAACACUUAGAAGGGAGUGUUGAAAUAUAA